UCUCUCUACCUACUUAUUAAAACCAUUUCAUGUUCCAAAACCAAACCCAUCAUCAUCAUUAUUACAUCAAAACAAAACACAAGAACAAAAAAUGGGAAAGAGAGGAAAAAAACAUAACAGGUUCUUAAGAAUCGUCACCAUGCCUCUAAAAGUUCUAAGCAAAGCUCGUGAUCUCUACAUGAGAAGCAUCACAGGCUGCGCAGCUCGAACUCACUACUCCUCCGCCGUAGACGCCGCCUCGGUUCCCUUUCCGAGAAGCCGGAGCACUUCCUCCGCCUUCUCCUCUUCCGCCUCUUCUCGGAGAAGAUCUUCCGAUUACACCUUCGACGAUGAUUAUAGCGAGCUGAAUAGAGCUGCUUCGGCUAGGAGUUUGGGUCAUAAGAACGAGAUUGACAUGAUCAUUCACCAACAGCUUCAGCAGCAACAGCAGCAGAGGCAGAGGCAGGAGAUUCGCGUUGCGGCGGUUGCUGUUUCGGGGAAAGACGGUUUGCCGAAGAGCUCGAGCGUAGGGAUGACAAUGGCUAGGAUUGAUGAAGAAGAUGAAGAAGAAGGAUCUAUAAAGAAGGGAUCUGAUUUGUUAUAUCCUCGUAGCAGAUCACAUGCUGUUACUAUCAGAGGAUCAAAAUUUUAAUUCACUAAUUAAUUGUCAUUAUUAAUUUUCUUUUCAUCCUAAAAAGUAUAAGUUCUCGAAACUAAAAGGUAAUUAAGAAGAAGAAACAAAACAAAAAUUACGAUGUCAUGUACUUUUUAGUUAUUUCCGUGGUUAUGGAAUUAUUUUGGUGUAAAGUUUUUGUAAACAAAAGAAAAAAGUAAUUACUGUCAAAUAUUUUUGAGAAUCUAAUAAGUUUC